AUGUGGAAGAACUAUAAUCUGAUAGACUUGGCCACGCCAGAUGCGUUUUACAUUGAUCCGGGGCUUGUAUGGCAAUUCUACUCGUGGCGUCGAUACGCCGCGUUAAAAGCUCGACCCAAUAGAGGACACAUUGCACUAGCCAAGCUCUCACAAUUGCCGCAAGUUAAAUAUAUUAGCAUCACGCAGAAUGUCGAUGGGUUAUCGAGUCGAAGUAAUCAUCAUGUGGACAAGUUGUAUGAGAUUCAUGGCUCGUUGUUCACUUUGAAAUGCACUAGUUUCAGCUGUAACUAUGUUGAACGCAAUAAUUUUGAGCAGCCUUUGACUCCGCUGUUGCUGGAUACUCAGUUUGAGUAUAGUUCGCAACGAAACCGCAAGCGACGUCGCCAAGGUGAAAUGGAUGACGUUGAGGAGAAUGAGACAUUAGGUGUGCCUCUGAUGGUGGAUGAUGUUGGACAUGGUGCCGGUGGUGGCAAUGGAAUUGUGCUGCAGCCAUCGCUAUCGCCACACUUUGAGCCUGUCAAGACACUAUCCGAAGACGAGCUACCGAAGUGCCCCGUUUGCAAAGAGUUGCUACGCCCCGGGGUGGUAUGGUUUGGUGAAUCGUUACCAUUGGACGUUAUACGUAACAUUGACAACUUCAUCGAAGAAGGCGGCAACAAAGUUGACUUGAUUUUGGUUAUUGGAACUAGUGGCACCGUGUAUCCUGCCAAUAGCUAUGUCGAGAGAGUUAGAUAUCAAGGUGGGAAAGUCGCCGUUUUCAAUACUGAUAUCGACGAUAGAGUUGAACUGGGUAAAGUCAAAAAUACAUGGGGGUUCAAAGGUGAUGCUGCAGAACUAUUGCCUACGGCGUUGGAGCCGUUGAUUGGCAAAGUGGAAAUGAGUCAAUAA